CUUGAUAGAGAAUAAAUUUUCAACUUAACAAAACCUUGAUAUUUCCUCUCCAUUCCACACAUAUCCUCUUUCUCUUCUCCUUCUUUCUCCUAUUACCUUUUUUAUAAGUUUUUAAUUCCAUAUCAAAAACAGAAAACUCUGUAAACUUGCUGGCUAUUGCUUUCUAAUUAUAAAGAAAAGAAAAAGGGAAGAAGGGAUGGGUAGAAUCCCAUGUUGCGAAAAGGAGAGUGUGAAGAAGGGUCAGUGGACCCCUGAAGAAGAUCACAAGUUGUCUUCCUACAUCGCUCAACAUGGGACUCGUAACUGGCGCCUUAUUCCCAAAAAUGCAGGCCUCCAAAGAUGUGGGAAGAGCUGUAGGUUACGUUGGACUAACUACCUACGCCCUGAUCUAAAGCAUGGACAAUUCUCCGAUGCUGAAGAACAAAUCAUUGUCAGGCUACAUUCUGUUCUAGGCAACAGGUGGUCCGUGAUAGCCGCACAGCUGCCAGGACGAACAGACAAUGAUGUGAAGAACCAUUGGAACACGAAACUGAAAAAGAAGCUCUCAGGUAUGGGAAUCGAUCCAGUUACGCACAAGCCUUACUCCCACCUCAUGGCAGAGAUAGCCACCACUCUCGCACCUCCACAGGUGGCUAACCUCGCAGAAGCAACUCUCGGAUGUUUGAAAGAUGAGAUGCUUCAUCUCCUAACCAAGAAGCACAUAGAUAUUCAAUUCCAAUCCCCUACUCAUGCUCCUGCACCACCACAAAAUGCCUCCACAUCACCUUCUUAUAAUAUUUCUUCUAAGCAUGAAGCAAAUGAUGAUCAUGAUACGAUUGAAAAGAUCAAGCUUGGAUUAUCAAGGGCAAUCAUACACGAGCCACAGACAAUCAACAAACCUUGGGACGCUAACGGAGCAUCAUCUGCAAACUUUCCUGGAUUUCAUUAUGCCCUUCCAUCGUUUGGUCAUGAAGGAGACGGAUCUCCCUGGAGUCAGAGCAUGUGCACGGGUAGCACAUGCACGGCAGGUGACCAGCAACCUCAGUUUCAUUCAAAAUUAGCCGAUGGUAACGCCGAUGACUCUGAAGGAGAAAAAGAUACAAGAAAUGUUUCAAGUAUGUUCAGCCCCGACUGUGACUUGUGGGAUCUACCUUCCAACGAUCUCAUGAAUCCUUUAGUUUAGAUAAGAUCCAAGAUUGGAAAAGGCAGAAUAAUAAAUCCACAUGUUCCUUAAUAUACACAAGUAUCAAAGAAGAAGCUCGUCUUAUCCCUCUACGCUGCUAAAAAUCUUGAAUCUUUUUUUUAACGGCAAAAAAUAAAAUAAAUAAAAGGCUCGAAAAUAGUGAUGAGCUAGGGUAAAUGCAAAC